AUGACUGCUGAUCUUUUCAUUAGAGAAGUAUUUUACAACCAACCAAAACUGUCUCCAGAUGCAUGCUGGAAUCCUGAUGGAAUCACAUUUGCAGUUGAAGCAGCAAUCGACUGGAAAUCGAGCAGUCUUUUCGUCGAAAGAAGCAAUACUGUCUAUGUACUUAAAAUAUGGAAGGCAGAUGUUCGAGAGUGGCGUGAGGGUAGCACGACUGUGACUAUCUUUGGUAAUUGGUUCAGUCUUAAGGGCCUUUUUGUUUCAAUUGAUGGCGACAUUCACGUUGAUAAUGACUCUAUAGAUCAAGUAGAGGAAUGGACCUUGGAUGCAAGGAAAAGUGUUAUCGAAAUACAGAUCAUUAGUAGUUGCUGGGGAUUAUUUGUGGACAUCGCUAAUUAUCUGUAUUGUUCUUUGUUCAACGGACAUCAAGUUGUGAAGCAUUCACUCAAUGUCAGUAUGAAUAUGGAAACUGUUGAUGUUGUUGCGGGUAAUGGCACUAAAGGGCCAGAUUCCAAUAUGCUUGCAACUCCUAAGGGAAUAUUCGUUAGCAUUAACUUUGAUUUAUACGUAGCCGAUUCGGAGAAUGACAGAGUCCAACUGUUCAAGUUUGGACAGCUAGAUGGAAUAACUGUAGCGGGAAGGGGUGUAUCAUCAAACAUUUCGCUCUAUUGUCCAACAGCCAUUUUUAUGGAUGCUGAUGAAUACUUAUUCAUCGUAGAUCAAAAUAAUCAUCGCAUUAUCAGAUCAGCACCUGAUGGAUUUCGCUGUUUAGUUGGAUGCUCAGGUGUCCAGGGCGAAGCCCCUAAUCAAUUAGCUUACCCAUCACCCGCCGCUUUUGACAGGUACGGCAACAUCUUCGUCGCUGAUUUGAAUAACAUGCGAAUUCAAAAAUUUAUUCUAGUGAACAAUACUUCCAACACUCCAUCAAUCGUUCAAUCGAUGUACUCAUCUGAGCUGACUGCCGACAGUCAAAUGUACUUAAGACAUGGUAAAAGAGAAGACUAUUACUAUGAAGCUAUACAGGUGAACUUCGUUGACAGUGGCUGUUACAUUCUUGUCAGCAAUAGCACAGUCGAUACAUACGGCUAUCUCUACACGAACAAUUUUAAUCUGUUUAAUCCGUCUAAGAAUUUAUUCUUACAGGAUGACAACCUCGGUGGUGGUGAUCAAUUUAAAUUCACCUCUUAUCUUGAUAUCAACACUACAUACAUUUUGGUUGUGACAACUUCUGCUUCAAAGAUGCAAGGAAACUUCUCAAUUUCUGCAUCUGGCUCAAAUAAAAUCACUCUGACUCGCAUCAGUGAGUAUCUGCAAUACCUACUGAAUAAUUAG